AUGAGGCAAAUGCAGGUUAAGUCAUUAAAAAUCAUUACUGGUGGAGAUGGACGAAAAGUAACUGUCAUUCCAGAUAAGACAGAGAGCCAAGAUGAGCACCACAUUGAAAGAAAUAGAAAUCUUUCUAACAGAAGUGGCUACAGGGAGCAGAGCUUCUGUAACCAAAGUUCUUACCAUUCUGAGAGUAUUGCAAAUAGUAAGGACUUAAGUAUUCCUGAAAAGCCAGAACUAAUUCCUAAUCCUUACAGACAAUGUUUAUUCUGCAAAAAAGAAGGCAAGUUCUCUUGUGGAAACUGCAAGAAACCAUAUUGUUCUCAAGAAUGUCAGGUUCAAGAUUGGUUGAAACACAAGACUAUGUGUCAGCAGUUCUCAAAGAUCCACAGUGGUGAGCGAAAAAAAGCCAAUCAAUCUCAACCUCAACAAGACAGCAGUUAUGUUUCAGAAGGCAGUAGUUCUGAAUAUGAAAUGGGAGCAAGUAAGCCUCAUCAAAUUGAAAUGUUGCGUUUAUCACCAUCUAAAAAAGAACUGGUGUCAAACAGAGAAGCAGUAGUUGUGUAUUACCUAGAUUAUGGAAAGAAGAGUACAUUAUCAGUACAAAACCUUUUUAAAAUGCCUCUAAAUUUUUUCCAGUAUCCUGCUCAGGCUAUUUGCUGUAAGCUAGUUGAUAGUGCUGAAUUAGAAAAUAUCACAUGGACUUCUGAAGACACUGCAUCUUUCAAAGUUCAUACAGAAACCAAGUACUACAAAGCUCAUGUUUUAAGAAGUAAAGAUGACACGUAUGAAGUUUCAUUAUUAAAUGAAGAUGGCCUGUCUUUAUUCUCCAUUCUUAUGGCUGAACGGAAUGCAGUAUCUUGUAUUACACCAGAUGCCCCAUCCUCUGACCUUGAAAUAAAUUGUAACCAGCUUACUUCUGUAGUCUCUGACAUAAAGGUAGGAAUGAAGAUUAGUAUCUUACCUUUAUCCUACAACAGUAACAAGUUUUUUGCAUAUGUUUUAAUUAAUGAAGAAGAUGAUUCUGCUAACAUAUAUAAAGUUGAGAAUCUGCUGUCAUCACUUAAAACAGAAGAUGCAACCAUGAGCAUUGAAGAAAUGGAUUAUGCUGCUGGAUAUUCUCCGCAAUAUAACAGUUGGUAUCGUUGUGUUGUGCUGCAGCGAAAGCAAAAUAAAUUCCUUGUACGAUAUGUUGAUUUCGGUAAUGAAGAAGAAGUAGAAAAAGUUAGGCUACUAACUCCUGAAUUAUUGGGCAUAAAAUCAUAUCUUGUCAGCUGUGAUAAACCAGAACACAUGUCAAUCAAAGAAGUUGAAGAAUAUUUUAAAGAAGCCAAAGAAGCCAAAAUGACAGUAAAGUUCAUUCAUAAUAAUUCAGUUGAGCUUAAUUUUGAUCACAAAGGUAGCACACAGACUAUUCUCUGUUAUCCAUGGUUUCGAGGUAUUAAGUCUUUAGAAACUACUUUCAAAGCUUCCGGAAGUUCUGAUUCUAAAAAGCUGGGAAGUUCAUCAAACUUAAAUCAGUUUCAACCUGAAGCUGGAAACAGAUUGGAUUCUGAAGUGGACACAGGAAAAAUAAUGAGGCAAAAAUCAUUAGAGGUUAAACAGAAAUAUAAAGUUAAAGUUGUAUUCGUCAAAUCACUUUAUGAACUCUUUGUUCAACUUGUUGAUGAUGAAAUCCCUGUCAAUACUUUCCAUGAGAAGCUUAAUACUUAUUGCAAUUCUGUAAAUGAUAAAUAUGUGCCAAACAAAAAUGAACUAAUUUGCUGUAAAUACAGUGAAGAUGGUGUGUGGUAUCGUGGACAAAUAAUGGAGGAGAACUCCAACAAUUUUAACGUCUUCUUCAUUGAUUUUGGGAAUACUGAAUUAGUUCCAAAGAGUGACAUUCGUUUUCUGUCUGAAGAAUUUAGGUGUCCCAAGUUUAGUAUUUGUGUAUCUUUACAAAUUAAAAUAAGCAAAGAAAACAUUCAAACUGUCAUUGAUAAGUUGUCACAAAAUGAUUGGGAUAUGGAAGUCCUAGACAAUAAAGAAAAAUAUUAUGAAGUUAUAUUUUCGCAAGGGAGCAGAUCUUUGGAUUCUUUGUUAGGGAAGGAUGUCAUUAUAGCAACAAAUGAUGCUCCAAAGGUUGAAAAAUUACCACCCGAAGAAAUCGUUAAAGUUUCUGUAUGUUAUAAAACAGAUCAGAAAGUAUUUGUUCAAAAAAUUGAUGAUGUAGAAAGAAUUGCACAUUUAAUUAAUACUUUGCAUACAAUAAAUAUGCCACGAUUGAAUAAAAAGCCCAUGAAGGGCAACAUAUAUGGUGCCCUUUUUGAUGAUGGUUCAUGGUACCGUGUUAAGGUUAUUCAAGAAAAUGCCAAUGAUUCUUAUGAAGUGGACUUUAUUGAUUUUGGAAACUCUAAAGUACUGUCAGUUAAUGAUAUGAGAGAAUUACCAAGUAACUUGCUUGAAAUGCCUCCCUUUUGUAGACCAGUUUUAGCUCAUAAUGUUGAUGUGUCUGCUAUAAAUUUGAACACGCCAUAUUCUGUACAAGUUGUUAAAGAAAGAAAUGGGCUGCAGGAAGUGAAAUUUUUGGACAUAACUCCGACUAAAGAAACAGUGCCAUCUGGAGCUAUGAGUAAUUCAAGUAUAACUGAAAAAAGUGAAGACAAAAAAGAUGAAAUUAUCAAGUUUUCUUCUCUCAAAAAACGUUUGUUACCUAGGGAAACACUCACAGAAAUUUUAAUUAGUCACGCUGAAGAUGAUUUAUUUUAUGUUCAAAAGCUUUCAGAUGAAUCUGAACUUUUAAAACUUAGAGAAAUACUCAAAAAUGCUGGUGACUUAAAAUGCUUAUCGCAUUUACCUGAUGUUAAUGAUGUCAUUCUUGCAAAAUUUUCUAUUGAUAAUCAAUGGUAUCGAGGAUUUAUUAAAAAAGUUGAACCCAAUAAGUGUGAAGUUCAGUUUUUUGAUUAUGGAAAUUCUGAAUCGGUUAAGUUGAGCGACAUGAAAGUGCCUUCCAAAGACUGUUAUAGUUUUCCAGCAUUUGCAAUACCAGUUAAGUUUAAAGAUUUGGAAUCUGUUCUGAAACGUGUAGCCAGUAAUGAGCUUUCGUUUUCUAUUAUAGCUCUUGAAAAGCAACAAAAUGUCUUUGUUGUAGACAUCAAAACUCCUGGUGUAACUUCUAUUGAAUCGCGCUCAUUAAAAAAAAGUCCGGUUGAAAUAAAAAUUAGUUUUAGAGAAGAUACUCUAGCGUAUGUUCAGAAAGUUUCUGACUAUGAAGAUUUGCAAAAGGUAAUGAUCGGUUUACAAAACUCAGAGGUAAAGAAACUGAAUCACCUGCCAAAAGUGGGUGAAUUGAUUCGUGUGAAAUAUGUGGAUGGCUUCUGGUAUAGAGGAUUAAUCAAAUCAAAUGCUGCUGAAUUAUAUAAAGUGUUUUUUGUUGACUACGGUAACACAGAUAAUGUUAAGCUAGAAGAUAUUUGUCUGUUACCUGAAGAAGGUACCCCAUGUCCAAUGUUUAGUAUUCCUGUCAGAGUUCAAAAUUUAGAAGAUAUCCCUAAAGAUAUUGAUUUGGAAGCGGUGUUUACAGCUGUAUUAACUGAUGAAAUAAUUGAUAAUAUUCAGGCUGUUAAAAUUUAUCCUUUAUAUGAACCUAUUCUCGAAUCAGCUUUACAUCCCACAGUUUUACAAAUUGAGGAAAUGUGUGAAGUUGUGAUUCAUCAUUUUGAUGAAAAAUAUUAUUUUGCUCAACGGGUUUGUGAUCUGAUUAAAAUUAAAGAAAUGAAUCACUUAUUAAAGAAUGCAGAACAUCAGAUGAUCUACCAUACACCUAGCAACAACGAAGUUUUACUUGUUUGUGGAAAAGACAAGUUAUGGCACCGAUGUGUAAUAAGGAAUGUAAAUGAUAAGCAAGAUAGGUAUACAGUUUUAUGUUUUGAUUCUGGUGUUACUGAAGAAGUUUCCAAGUCGAGCAUUUUCUAUUUACCUAAAUCAUGCGUAAAAUUUCCAGUGUUUACAAUAAAACUUUCAUUAGAGGAAGUACAGACUGUAAAUUUAGGGCAACGUUAUUGCAUUGAAGCUGUCAGAAAAACUGCAGACUGUAUAUACAUUGUAAAAAUAUUUCGCCCUAUUACUUUAAAAUCCCUUAAACGAGAAAAACUCCCCCUACAAACAAAGUGCGCUGUUAUUAUGUGUCAUAUAGAGCAAGAUGUUGUGUUUUUACAAAAUUUAGAUAAUCAAAAAUUGAUUGUUGAGUUACAAGAGGAGCUAGUUAAAUGUUCUGUUGCUAAAAGUAUGUCACGUAAACCUGUUGUUGGUGAAUUAAUUUGUGCAAAAUGCAGUAUGGAUAAUUCAUGGUAUCGAGGCUGUGUGGAAGAAAUAUUACCUAAUGAUGUUUAUAAAAUUCUUUUCAUUGACUAUGGUAAUACUGAAGAAGUUAAUAAACGAAGCAUACAGUGCCUACCGACGAACUUAGCUACUUAUCCAUCAUUUUGCAUUCCAGUAAAAGUAUUGAACAAAGACAUUUUGACUAAGCCUUUACAGUGUGAUCAGGUUUAUUCUGUGAUUGCUGAAACUGAACCUCAUGAAGGUGUGCAAAAUGUCAGAUUUGUGCUUGAAACUGAAAAUAUACCUCAAGGAGAAAACAUAAGUGGGAAUCAUGGUGUGCCUACUCCUGAAGUUGAACCUAAAAUUUUCUUCUCCGACAUUGAGCGUGUUCCAUUUUCUUCUGGAGAACAGGAUAUUGUCAUUUACUUUGUAGAUGAUGACUUUCUAUUUUGUGCUCCUUUCAAUGCUGAAAAUAUUGCUCUGAAUAUGGAUUUAAUCAAAAAGAUGACAGAAUAUUGUGAAAACCUACCUGUUUCUACUUAUGAUGAUUCAUCCUUGCCAGAGGAGAAUGAGAUUGUUUUAGCAAAAUAUGCUGAGGAUGGACAGUGGUACCGAGGAGCAGUGAUUGGAAAGAAGGGUUCACACUGUGUUGUAUAUUUUGUGGACUUUGGUAACACAGAAACACUUCAUAAAGAUUGUCUGAGAAAAAUGCCAAAGCAGUUUAUGUCUUUGAAAUUUCAAGCAUACAUAUGUGAAUUGACAGGUUUUAAAAUCCUAGAGGAAAAUAAGUCACAAGUUACAGAAGAACUGAAGCUCUUCACUGUGUUUUCUAUGGCUGAACCAUUAAAAGCAGUUGUAAAGGUUGAUGAGUUGACAAGGAUAAAUAUACCAAGGAUAACAAGUCAUUUGUUAGCAAAGAAUCUAAUCAUCCCAGAUACGUAAUCAUCAUAAGAAGUUAUAAAAGUUUUCUUUGCAUUUACAUUUUCAAGUAUCCAAAAACGUUCCUGUAUAUUUGCUCAUAAAUG